AGACUAUAUACUGUAUCUAUACUCUAUCUUCAUACACAGGUCCUCAUUCCUCAUAGUGUAUCCAAUGGAUCAGUUACUAAUCCUUCACUAGUCCAGUUUGGACACGGACUGUUCGGUGAUAAAACAGAAGUAGAACAACACUACCUACAGAAGCAGGCCAAUACCUAUGGGUACAUCCUAUUCUCCUGUACUCUGUGGGGACUAGCUAAUUAUGACAUACCCAGUAUAGUACUGGAGCUGAUACUGCAGGACAUAUCUAACUUUAGGGUCCUUCCUGAUAGGCUGGGACAGGGUGUGGUCAAUGAGCUAGUGUUAAUGAGGUUAAUGAAAGGGGCUUACUCCUCGCACCCACUCCUACUGGUUAAUGGUAGGAGAGUCAUUGACCAAAGAAGGGUUCAUUAUUAUGGGCUGUCACUGGGCGGAAUAAUGGGUGUGGUCUACAUGGCAUUGACUAAUGACGUGGAGAGAG